UUGUUGUACCCACCACUUGAUUGCACCUUCCCAGCUUUAUCCCUUUAUAAAAACCAAAAACCCUAAUUUAAUUUCACCACCAUUGUAUUGAACCAUAACCACAAAGUAGAAUUGUAGGUAGUAGCAGUAAGAGAGAAGCUAAAAACCCCAUUUUUAUUUUAAAAAACAAAAACCCAAAAAGAAGGAAAGAAAAUUUAACUCCAAGAAUUCACCUUUCUUGUCUAAAGCUGUAAUUUUUCUUUAUCCUAUCAAAAUCAUGGAAGCGUCAAACACUUUCCUGGAAAAUUCAAGCGCCGCCGCCGGUGACUGGGAGGACGAGGAAGGCGAUGAGGGGAUGAGGGUGCAAGCUGAAGAGGGUGUGCAGUGCUCAACAGCUAACAGGUGGCCAAAGCAAGAGACUUUAGCUUUGUUGGAGAUAAGGUCUAAUAUGGAUGUUGCAUUUAGAGACUCUGUUGUUAAAGCUCCUCUUUGGGAAGAGGUUUCAAGGAAAUUGAAUGAGCUUGGGUAUAACAGAAGUGCCAAGAAAUGCAAAGAGAAGUUUGAAAAUAUUUACAAGUAUCAUAGAAGAACCAAAGGAAGUCAGUCCGGUAGGCCGAAUGGCAAGACAUAUAGGUUUUUUGAACAAUUACAAGCUUUAGAUAAGACCAAUGCAUUAGUGUCACCUACAUCGUCAGAUAAAGAUCAUUGUUUAAUGCCUUCGGCCUCGGUAAACCCAGUGAGCUUCAUCCCAAAUGAUGUUCCAUGUUCUAUCCAGAGUCCUAGAAUGAAUUGCACUGACGCCACCUCUACUUCAACUGCAUCUACUUCGAGUGAGGAAUCAGAAGGAACAAGAAAGAAGAAGAGGAGAUUAACAGAUUUUUUUGAGAGGUUGAUGAAGGAAGUGAUAGAAAAGCAAGAGAAUUUGCAAAAUAAGUUUCUAGAGGCAAUAGAGAAAUGCGAGCAAGAAAGGAUAGCUAGAGAAGAAGUGUGGAAGAUGCAAGAAUUGGAUAGGAUUAAGAGAGAACAAGAGCUUUUAGUUCACGAAAGAGCAAUUGCAGCUGCGAAAGAUGCAGCUGUGCUUGCAUUCUUACAGAAGUUCUCUGAGCAAGGUAUCCCGGUGCAAUUGCCUGACAACCCUACAGUCCCGAUGAAAUUUCCUGACAAUCAAACAUCUCCAGCGCAACUGUCCAAGAACCAAGCAGUUCCAGUGGAGAAUGUAGUGAAGACACAUGAAAAUAGCAGUGUUGAGAGUUUUGUCAACAUGAGCUCAUCAAGAUGGCCUAAAGAAGAAAUUGAAUCUUUGAUCAAGAUACGAACUUAUCUUGAAUUCCAGUAUCAAGAAAAUGGACCAAAAGGGCCGCUGUGGGAGGAGAUAUCAACAUCAAUGAAAAAUCUCGGUUAUGAUAGGAGUGCAAAGAGGUGCAAAGAGAAAUGGGAGAAUAUGAACAAGUACUUCAAGAGGGUAAAAGAUAGCAAUAAAAAAAGACCUGGGGAUUCUAAGACCUGUCCUUAUUUUCAGCAGCUAGAUGCUCUAUACAGAGAGAAGACUAGGAGGGUUGAUAAUCCCAGUUACGAGUUGAAGCCUGAAGAACUUUUAAUGCAUAUGAUGGGUGGCCAAGAAGAUCAACAACUGCCAGAUUCUGCCACAACAGAAGACAGAGAAAGCGAAAAUGUUGAUCAGAUUCAAGUAGACUAUAGAGGCAAAGAAGAUGGAGAUGGUUACGGAAUUGUAGCUAUUGAUCCCUCCUCAUUGGAAAUUAUGGAGUAAGGGAAUUGUAGCUAUUGAUCCUUCUUCAAAGGAAAUUAUGGAGUCAUUAGACAACGAAUUUCUUUCCACAGCUAAACUUAGUUUGCCUUAUUCUGAGAUGUGGGUCAAAGUGAUUAUGGAGUUCUUCCAUGGUUCCAUGAACUUUCCGGUUUCGAAGACCUUAUUGUCAAGAACCAAUUAGGAAUACAUCUCAUAGAAAGCGGCAUCCUUGCAUAUGUAUAGUGUAUAUGGUCAUCAUUUGUUGAAUAAACAUGUCAAGAGAUAUAGAGGUUGAAAUUAGUAGUAGGUUAAUAUGUACUAAAAUAGUUUACACUUCACUUUUUUAGCUUUUGAAAGCUCACACAUGUAUGCAAAGGUGGGAAAAUGUUUGUUCAUAUUUGUAUCAAUCAAAUGUUACAUGAGCAGUGCAGUCUA